AUGUCGACGCCAGCAAAAGCACCAGUACCGACAGCCCCAGCUAACGCGCCGUCAAAACCACCAGCCACCAAGACUACUAGUGCACAGCCAAAUCCAGACGAACCAAGUGCAGAUGAUGUCUGGUCCACUGCGAACUAUUGGAAAAGGACAGUGUCAAUAGGGAAACCUGGCAGUGGAGCUGCUGCCACGGCGAAACCGGCCCUCCCCCAAGGUGGUGGUCCGGUCAAUGCGGUUCCAGCCUCAAAGAGCGCAGCCGCUCCUCCAGCCAGGGCUGCCACAGGCGCUCAAGCUAAGCCUCAGAAACUAACGAAUGCUUUAGGCUUCCAGGGUGCAAUGGGUGGCCUGGCUAUGAAUGUGGCAAAAGAUGUCUUAAUGGGCCCUGGUGCGAAUGCAAAGAAGUAA